UCGAUUUCCACGGAUUCUGAAUUUGGGUCCGUUUCAUUGUGGGUGUAUACGUUCGGCUGGGACUCUCUUUGCUUGUUUUUGUUAUGUCGUCAUUGGGGACACUGAGCUACUACGCUGAUUCACACAUUCCACACGACAAUGAUGAUCAUUUGGCACCGAGGUUCUCAUCUGUACCCGUGGUCGAACAUCAGGCACGCGAGCUGACGCUACAUGAAUAUGGCGAGCAGGAGCCGUACACAUUUCAGGCCAAAUCAUCUAUUUUUGGCGCAUCGUGGAGUCCCGUGCCUGUGCAACCCCCAGGCAGUGCAUCUAUCGCAUACCACCCAUACAUCCAUCAUCAUCAUCCAUGUUCAACAGGAGAACCCGAUGGAGCAUCCGUGCGUCCCUGGGCUUUGGAACCGUUAUCUGCGUCCCUGCCUUUCACGGGAUUAUCAUCAGAAAUGCACCAUGAUAUCAAACUUGAACCAUUGGUCGGGAACGGUGAGUGCACGACGCACACACUUCUAGUGCCCGAGGUUGACAACAACAACACGACCCCAGCAGAGAGGAAGGUACCGGACGAUGCGGUUUCCAGCGGGUCACAAGAUGAAAAAACCUCAGCAGAGACGAAGAUAGAUCUAGACCCAAAUAACCCUGCGUCCAACUGGCUGCAUGCGAAGUCCACUAGGAAAAAGCGCUGUCCUUACACUAAGCAUCAAACUCUCGAGCUGGAAAAAGAAUUUCUGUUUAAUAUGUACCUCUCGCGCGACCGUAGAUAUGAAGUGGCAAGACUCCUAAAUCUCACCGAAAGACAAGUCAAAAUUUGGUUCCAAAACCGUAGGAUGAAGAUGAAGAAAUGCAAUAAAGAUCACCCAAAAGACAUUUAAAACAAGGAAAGCUGUAAACUUGCACUGCAGUGGAUGGAGAGAUUUCGUUAGUACGACAGUGUUGUAAACUAGCCUGUAUUUUCUCUCUUGCACAACAACGGUAAAGUAUUAUUGAAGGUAGGCAACAUAUUGUAUUGUAGAUUAACACUGCACAAACAUUUGAUCUGAAAACAUGCUUGUGUCUUUGUGUACAGCUUAUUGUUGAUGAUUAUUUUAUUUAGUUUGCUUGUAGGCCUUGUUAUUCAGUGUGUACAUGUGAAAUAUGAGUUUUGAAAGUCCAGUUCACAAUUUCAGGGAAAUGGUUCUGCUAUGAAAUACGAAUAAUUUGCAUGAAUUUCAGUUUUGUUUUUAUAGGAACAAGUACUUGUAACGCAAUGUAUCAAUGUUUAAUGUGACUACCUAAAUGUAUUUGAACUACCUAUGUAUUAAGAUUGUAUUUAUAUUGUGUUAUACGUCAUUAAGGUCCUUCAGUGAAUUUUGUAACAUUAUUGUGCUUGCAAUGUUAUGUGAAUACAUAGAAACUGUGCAUACGCAAAUACCUCAAAUCAACGGUGUUAGUCGUUUUCAAAUGAAUUGUGUACAUGACAAAUACAUUUCUU